UCCCGAUGGCAAGCGAAUGGGUAGAUCUAAUUGACCCUUUACGAACCCUUGGCUUGUAAAUGUCUGUAGAGCCCUAAUUAGAUUUUGACAUAAAUUAUUUUGAUGUGGCAAGAAAUCCGUGGUUGUUACACGUCAAACGACGAUUUCCAAUAAAAUGUUCUCCGAUUUAUUACUAUAACUGGAUAAAUGAAAUAAAUAAAGCUUGUAAAUAGUACUAUAAAUAAUUUGUACGGCACUCAUAUGCUUAUGUGAAAAAGUUUAAACAUUGCUAAGUCCGCUAAAUGAAUUAGACUAGUGACCCUUAUCAGACAAAAUGGGUGGUUUAUUUAGUUACUUCAGAGGGUUGCUAGGGGCGCGAGAAAUGCGUAUUUUGAUCCUUGGACUGGACGGCGCCGGGAAGACGACAAUCCUAUACAAAUUGCAAGUGGGUGAGGUGGUCACUACCAUACCCACCAUCGGGUUCAACGUAGAACAGGUCACGUACAAAAACCUCAAGUUCCAAGUGUGGGAUCUCGGAGGACAGACCAGUAUUAGGCCCUACUGGCGAUGUUACUAUGGCAACACAGAUGCUAUAAUUUAUGUUGUAGACUCUGCAGACAGAGACAGAAUAGGGAUAUCAAAAGAUGAAUUGGUUCAUAUGUUAAGAGAAGAAGAACUAGCUAAUGCAAUACUAGUGGUGUUAGCGAAUAAGCAAGACAUGGCGGGCUGCCUGACCGUGGCGGAGGUGCACCAGGCGCUGGGGCUGGACGCGCUGCGUGACCGCACCUUCCAGAUCUUCAAGACGUCCGCCGUGCGCGGCGAGGGGCUCGACCAGGCCAUGGACUGGCUGUCGAGCGCGCUGCAGGCUAGGAAAUAACGAAUAAUUACGCAUAAGCUACAAAAUACGGGGUGCGGAAAGGAGAUAGCAGCCAGAGGCCCAAAGCGCGGGAGAGAGAUAGUAAUAUCAUAGUCACCUGUAACUAAUAUUAUCGAUAAGUACUUAGCGUCGCCGCUUUAACCGUCGAAUCUGUUCGCCUUAUUUUGCGAGGUACAGAGAUAUGGCCAAUUCUUGCCAAAGCAAAUGGGCUCAAGGGAGUCCUAUC